AUGCAUUUAUCACCUUUACCUCUAUCUGAGCGAGUCAACUUAGACAGUGCCAAGAGAGCAGAUUUUGUGAAGAAAUUACAUGAGCAGGUUCGCAUAAACAUUGAGCGAAGGACGGAUCAAAUUGCUCAACGAGUUAACAAAGGGCGCCAACGCAUGGUGUUUGAGCCUGGUGAUUGGAUGUGGAUGCAUCUGCACAAGGAGAGAUUUCCUGUCCAAAGGCCCAAUAAACUACUUCCACGAGGAGAUGGACCGUUUCAAGUCCUUAAGCGCAUUAAUGACAAUGCCUACAAGCUAGAUCUUCCUGCUGCGUACAAUGUGAGUGCUACAUUUAAUGACCUUUCCCCCUUUCUUGCAGAUGAUGAAGCUGAUUUGAGGACAAAUCCUUUUCAAGAGGAGGGGAAUGAUACAAAUCAAUAUGUGCCAUUCGACAAGGUUCGAGUUCCUCUAGGACCGGUGACGCGAGCUCUAGCUAAAAGGCUACGAGAGGAACUUCAAGGGCUUGUUCGCGAGGUGUAA